AGUCGGCCCGAAUAUGUCUUAUGGCUUGUAGUGUUGUUGCCGCCCGUAGCCCUGUUUUUAUUUUUGUUUGUGAAGCCAAAAUUUCGCUAAACAUGCGAUGAGUAGCGCCGCAAUAACCUAAAAGCGCAAAGAUGCUCACCGAAAGAGAGCAACAGGGUCUGAGUAAGAUCAUCGGCGCUCUGGAACUCGCGGACGUGAUCGCAUUGGCGCAGACUGUCACAUGCAAGCAAAUCAAGCUGACAGAAAGAUCAGAAGCCGAGAGAGCCAUCCUCAGUGGUACGCAGAAUCCAGCUGAUCUUCUACGCCGCAAAAAAAUUCUGCGAGAACUGCUGUUUCGCUAUCUUUGGAGUGAAAGCGUCUUUGUGGCGCCUGCACUUGCCAAGUCUGAUCUCAUCAAUGCGUGCCUACAGCACUGGCAAGAAGAUAAUGCACUCAAGUCUGGCCAGUUUCCAGCAAACGGCACCGAUAAGGAUGGCAAGACAUCUGAGACCAGCUUUCAAGAGAAACUGGGCACAGAAUUCACCAACUGGUUCUUUGCGCAGCUGAAUUCGGAAGGAGAAAAGUUGGGACACCAGCACUUCUUUCCGAACUGCCAGCUCAGAGUGCAGUGCUUUGAGAAGCUUGCCGGAAGGGAGAACCCUCCACGCGUGCUCUCAAUCCGGGGUUCAGAGCCGGCCUCGCGCUUCUUGUGGCAGCUGGCCGGAGGUGCACGCCGCAUGUUCCAUCCCAAUGUGCGCUCAGUCAAGUGCGAAGUGGAGGAACAUGGACUGGCGCGCAUCAACGUGAGUGGUGUCGUGCACGAGUACAACAGCUGCAUGGGACUCUUCGAGUGCGGUUUUGGGCUGGUGCGUGACCCCAAUGCAACAGCCACUGAGAGUGACGUCUGGAAGCUGCAGUUUGUUGAGGUGAUCCUCAGGGUCUCGCGCAUAGGCUUCGUCACGGCUGCGGUGCUUUCGACCGGUGAAGACGACAUCACCAUGGAGCUGGAGUGCACCUGAGGGCCAGCCCCACCGUUCUUCCCUACAUGUCGUCCUGUGCCCUUUUCCUUUCACACCCUCGCGUCCCAGUUCGUAUGUAGUUGCCUCUCAGCGUUAGGGUAGUACUGGAACUACUAGCCUGUCAGCUUCUCAUUUCUCUGUCAAGUGACAGCCCAACGGAAGUAUGCAUGGGAUUCAGAGACAGUACAUAUGGCUUAUGGACAUACGGGGAAAAAAUUUAAUGCUGUGGCACUUCUCGGGAACAAAUAAAUUGUGUACGAACAAGUGAGAGAGGGUCACAAGUGCCCAUGGGCUUACAAGAGUACUCUAUAGUUGUACUGCAGUUUAGCUGGUUUCCUGAGUCUGCUGCCUCACUCCUUGGCUGCGUGAAUGCCGACACGCAUCUGCUUUUCUUUCUUUUUCCAUGACGGAUGCAAUGCUGUGCUUUUGUGAAGUAUUUCCACUUGGCAAAAGCCAGCCGCUGUUCUGCAAGUAAUGUUCUUCUGGUUGAAGAAUGAUUGCCCUGUAUCAUUGACAUAGUAAGCGAAAGUUCCUAAUUCCUGGCAUGACGAGCAAGCAUCAAACAUGCUAGUCUUUCAAGACUAAAAAGGGGAUAAUAUCUUGAUGCACUGCACCGGUAUUACCUUUAUACUGGCUUAUUCUCUGCGAGAGUAGUGUGCUACCACUCAAGCAGUUAUGCAAGUAGAUUUUUCUGUGGACUCUGGUGGAAGCUGUGUAACUUUGUAAUGCAUCGAGUAUGUGUCUAAUGCAAUGCACUAAAUAAAAGAACGAGGCAUAUCCAGUAACGUGGCACCAUUUAUUGCCGAGACUGGUUGCAAAUGUUGAUGCCAUAUUCAUCAGUUUAUGCUUGUAUUGCUGAUUUGUAUAUCUGUUUUUGCUUGUUUUCUGUGGAUCACUUUAUAUCCCACUCAUUUGUAGAAAAGUUGCCUGCUUUGUAUUUUAAGAAAACAUGUUUGGAAGCUGUAGCGGUGUCUUAUGAUGUGUGGCUUCAUUACUGAGCUUGUUUUUCAGGGCGAGUGUAUGGUAGCCCCUUGAAUAUCGGCCAGACUUUUCCACGAAUGAAUAUAUAUAUAUAUAUAUAGGCUACACUUUUCAUUUAUGUGAAUGGCACAACCAGUUGUGUUCCUGUUAGCUAAUUGUUGGUGUACUAACAAGGCAGUUAUAGUAAAACAUUAUGUACUGUAACAAGCUACCUAGGUGGGUAUCUGUAGUGAAAAGCUGCACUUGUCUUAAUUGGAUUCAGGACAGCUGCAGUGGGAAGUGUGCCACUCCAUUCAGUUCCCCGUUAGAAGCUGCUGGUAAAAAUGAAAGCAUUUCCCUCAUGAUGCAAAGAAGUAGUGAUCACUUGUAUUUUCCCCUAAAGAUGCUCGAGUAUAGGCACUGUUUUGUAGAUCUCAAAAGUAAGCAUUGUCACGCAUGUUCUUGUAAGCUUUUGUCAUGCACCUAAUAAUGAUGAGCUUUCUUGCAAUGCUCAUAAUGAGGUAUGUACUUCCAUAUUCAUUUUUGUGUUUACAGUUCACAUUUUCUUUUGUUACACUGUGUAAUGAGUCCACACUGUAUGAAUAAAAUGUGCAGCAAGCUGUCUGCAAAAGCAGAAAA